AUGAAUUUGUCGGAAGAAAGUAGUUUUGGCAAUGGCUUAUUGUACGUAGGUUUUAAUCAAGAUCAAGGUAAAUAUUUGAUGCAAUCUGAAGGUUGUUUCGCUUGCGGAACUGAAAAUGGGUUUCGAGUAUUUAACAGUGAUCCAUUGAAAGAAAAAGAAAGACAAAAUUUUGCAGAAGGUGGCUUGUCUUAUGUUGAAAUGUUGUUCAGGUGCAACUACAUGGCCCUAGUCGGAGGGGGAAAGACACCUGUUUAUCCACCUAACAGGGUAAUAAUAUGGGAUGAUUUGAAAAAGGACUCUGCCAUAUCUCUUGAUUUCAAUAGUCCAGUAAAAGCUGUAAAACUCAGAAGGGAUAGAAUCGUAGUUGUUCUGGAAAACUUGAUAAAAGUUUAUACAUUCACUGCUCAGCCUCAGAUGUUGCAUGUAUUUGAAACUUGUCACAAUCCUCGUGGCCUAUGUGUGGUUUGCCCUAACAGUAACAAUGCUUUACUUGCAUAUCCUAGCCGUAAAACUGGACAUGUACAAUUGGUUGAAUUAAGUAGUCAUGCUGGAAGCAGUUCUGCCCCAGAAGGGCAUCUCAUAGCAGCACAUGAAGCACCCCUGGGAUGCCUUUCCCUUAAUGUAGGAGGUACUCGACUCGCAACAGCAUCCACAAAAGGCACUCUUAUAAGAGUAUUUGAUACAUCAACUGGUCAGAAAUUAGCUGAGCUAAGAAGAGGAGCAAAUCAGGCAACAAUAUAUUGCAUCAACUUCAACCAUAGCAGCACAAAUCUGUGUGUUACUUCAGAUCAUGGGACAGUGCACGUAUUUAGCCUUGAAGAUGAGAAACUUAAUAAACAGUCUAGCUUGGCAACUGUAAACUUUUUACCAAAAUAUUUUUCAAGCAACUGGAGUUUCUGCAAAUUCACCAUACCUAAUGGUCCACCAUGUAUCUGUGCAUUCGGAGUUGAUAAAAGCUCUAUUAUUGUCGUUUGCGCUGAUGGAUCCUACUACAAAUAUAAAUUCAAUGAAAAAGGUGAAUGUACCAGAGAUGUCUAUGCUCAGUUUCUGGAAACUUCUGAAGAUAGAUAAAUAUGACGACUCCUCUAUAGGGAAUAAUAUUUAGAAAAUUAGUUGACGAAUUUUGGACUUACAUGCUAAUUUCUAAUAUAAUAUUGACAUUUGGGUGUUGCGCAGCAUUCCUCAUCCUAACUACAAUUUAGUACACACUAUAUUAAAUUAUUCGCAAAGUAAUCAUAAAUUAACAAAGUACUCAAGACAUUUUUUUGCAUAUAUUUAUAUUGUGGUUAGGGUGGGAGAUAUAAAUGGGAUCUGUUGUCCUUGUCACUAGCAAAAAUAAAGACAACAGUUACCUAUUACAUUACAAAAGAGGUGUAUUAUACUUGUUACAGAUGAUAUUGUGAUGAAACAAAAAAUUUUAUAACUUUAUAUUGAAAUUAUUUAGAAUUAAUGUUGCUGUCAAUAAGAAUUCUUAAUGUUUAUAUAGAUUAUAAUAUGUCAGUUUAACUGAACCUUUAGACGUGUCAUUUUUUAAAUUCUAAAUUUGUUUUUAAGUUGUAAUUGGCUUUGUUAAGUUUUGAUUAGAAUGAAAAUGCUGACUUAUUUUAAUUUAGAAAUUAAAGUAUGACAACAACAAAUAAUUGUGACCAUAACGACAUUUAGAUUUAUAUCCUGGAGGCGUAAGUAUAAGGUGUCUAAGAAAAAUAGCACAGUAUAGUUUUCUUCUCAACUUUUAUAGCAUACUCAGUUGGAUUGGUACAGAGCGCACCAUGAAUGAAGCUCCUAUUUAAACAAAGCGUCGUUGAACUUAUGCAGUAGAGAAAACAAUCGCGCUCAGCGUCAUGGCACGGACUGUCCGUUCCUGUGACAGUUUCUUAUUUUAAAAAACGUCGUAACCAAACAAAAUUAAGAUGAAUAACAAAUUAUUAAGUCAUGAAAAAAUCAAAGUAAAUAUCGCACCUCCAGUGUAAUUAUGCAAUAUUCGGAAAU